UCGCAAGUCGUCUAUCAACGUGUGCAGAGAGAGAGAGAGAGAGAGAGAGAGAGAGAGAGAGAGAGUAGCAUAAUUUGACAAAGCAACCACCGAGCCGACCUACUUCAGUGCCUCGCCACUUCCAUGUAAGUCCACUAUAACGUGAAGCGACAGCACUCCUUUCGAUCCCUCCUUCACUCUUGCCUGCCAAAUCCCUUCUCUUCUUGUUAACCCAAGAGCGACGACUGCAGCCGACCAGCUUAAAGAGCCAACCAGCAGCAUGGGCCUUCAACACGAGCCUCAGAAGACCUCCUCUAGUGGCCCGGUGGUGAAGAAGGAGAGAUCGGUGGUGAGAUACAAGGAGUGCAGGAAGAACCAUGCCGCUAACGUCGGUGGAUAUGCCGUCGACGGCUGCCUGGAGUUCAUGGCGGCGGGAGAGGAGGGGACGAGUGACGCCCUCAGGUGCGCCGCCUGCAACUGCCACCGGAGCUUCCACCGAAGAGAGGUCGAAACCGUGACUGCGGUUUGUGGAUGCUCCCCCGGCUCCAGUUCCAGGAGAUGAUGGGACUCCGAUCCAUGCCGCGUACAGAACGUGUGCUGUACUUGUUUGUAUGCUGAAGAUGAUGACGAUGAUGAUGAUGAUACAGUUCAAGUGGAUAGAACUUCUACCUCCUUCCAUCAAGAAGCCAUGGCCUCCAAAAAGGGUUGCUCUAUGUGACCUUUGAUGCCUAAAAAUUCAGAUUGUGUCGUGUGCGUGUGUUGAGUAUACACACACUUAACAGUGCAACUGACUCAGAAAUGUAAAAUGGAUGAAGUAAAUUAUGUUAUCAUGCUGCUUCCUGGUCAAAGUGUUUGUUUUAUUUACUGGCUCAUUUCUUGUGUAACAGCGAAUAUUAAUUUGUAGGUGAAGUGUGAUGAAGGAACAUUAGGCAUGCAAGACCAGUAGAGGAGUGAUAGAAAGUAGUCAAGUAUGCCAUUUAUUUUCAGCAUGCUAUUUUUAUUUUUUUGGUUCCAU